UGUAGGUAUCCUGUGAGGAGAGCAAAAUGUCGGGGUCAGCUGAGGCAAUGUACUGGCCCAUCAAGCCGGCGAAGUCAGCGAUGACCCGGCCUAGCAGUGCUCGGAGUGCCCGGGAGUGCAGCGCGGAGGCCCGGGGGAGACCCGGCAGCGCCCGGCCCGCCAGCGCCCGGCCCAGCGUCAGGAGGGCCCCGCUAGGCAGCCUACAGGCCGGGAACUAUAACACACAGCUGCAGAGACUCAGGGAGAAGUACAGACCGUUUAAGAACCAGCUGAUAAGUUUCACACGAGCGCUGGACAGAGCACGGGAACUGGUGCCGGACAUGGAGCGGCUGGAGCCGGUCAGGACGAUAGGACAGGUCGUGGCCUACACAGACCAACACACAGUCAGCGCCACAGACAGACGGAUCCUCACCAUCUUCCUCAACCUACACAGAGAUAUGGAGGACUUCAGAGAAGCCGUGAACCAAGGCCCGGUGUUCUCGGCCUGCGCCACCCCGGAGACCGCCGCCCGGAUGGAACAGUGGCGGAGCAUGCUCAGUCCCAACUACGACUUCUCCAGUCUCAGGGUCGGCUUCCCUCACCAGGAACUCAACCAUCUCAGCUGUACAGAGGCAAGGACGUAUUACGGCGGGCUGGUUAGUUUACUUCCCAUAGCGCUGGACCUGGCCACUGAUAUAGUGUACAGUCUAGAGAGGAUGAACGCCACGUUUGAGAAACGGGAGAUAGAGGCCCAGCUCCAGCGGAUGGCAGCAGAGAGGAAUCGCGCAGAAGACGUGCCCACCGGGAGCAGCAAACGCAGUGUACGGAUCAGAAGCGCCCCCAUCAUCAGGGGCAACGAUUCCGGUACUGCAGGCAGUGCCACCAGGCGCUUCGGUUCCAACGGGAUCUGGAGCGGACCGGUUUCAAAACGACCGUGGAGGCCGUGAAAGAGGAAUAAAUAUGUAUGCCACUGAUGAAUCCUUUAAUUGCAAUUAACAUUUUUGGUGACGCCUCUGGGGCGAGCCAAAUGGUAUAUUAUUGAACUGAUUUAUCAAAUCCAAAGCUAAGAACAUGUAGACCAUUGUCUUCUUGAUUUAUUGGACUAAAUUAAUUUCUCCAAAAUCUAAGUUCCAAGGAAACAUUUUCAGACACUCAUAUCUUUUAUCACAGACUUGUUCAUUUUCAAGUAUUCCCAAAAUAGUUGCCUGCUGUGAAUUGCCGAUCGCUAACUAGGAUUGCUAAGCCGUUUAACUAUACUUUAUGGUAAGUGAGACCAAAUUUGCUUCAGCAUUUUUUCUCACCAUUUUUGGAUAACAAAAACUUGUAGCCUUCAUAAAAAAGAUAGUUCCGGUUAUGUUUAACAUUAACAUUGGGUAGGUAAGAAUUUAAACAACCCUCCUUUGCUAUUGACCAUUAACAUUACGUUAAGGUGAUGUAAAUAUAAUGCUUGCAACUUU